AUGAGAGCAGCUGCACCGGCGGCGCUCCGCCGAGCUAUGUUCUUUUACCUCCUCUUGGCGGCGACUCUGAACUGCAGUCUCGAAGGGCGGGGAGCCCAUGCGCAGACUCUCCCCAAGGAGGAAAGUGAGUAAUAACGACGAGCGCCCUCCUCCGCUCUGCUCCCACUCGCCAUGGAAUCGCCAGGAGCUGCUCGCUCCGUUCUCAGCUUUGCUCGUCUUCUCGAGCGUGGGGGUUGGGUUGGCGACCAUCGCUCAGUUUUUUCCGUCACGAAAUAUUUAUUUUCUCGGCUCCUCAUCGAGUAAGAAAAUUGCGUCAGCAAUCCGAAUUUUUUUCGAAAGUGUUCGGAUAUAGAACCAUCUUCGACCUCGCUUCCGUAGCAAGAUAUUAUUAGCAAUAAUGCCGAUAUAAGGAUUUUAUUUAUAGAAUAUGUAUAAAUAUAACAUUAUGAUAUAUUUUUCAUUUUCCGUAACAGGUUCAUUUCUCUCUCUCUCACUCUCUCACUCUCUCUCUCCCUACGUUAUAUAUAUAUAUAUAUCCUUAUUUUGUUCUUAUUUCGAGUUCUAACUCUACCCGGUGGGCAUCGCGCGGGAACGUUCAGUCGAGGCGCUCAAGCAAAUCGCUUCAAAGCUGAAGAUUCCGGAGACGCUGUGGAACUUCAGCUUAAAUCCUUGCACUCAGUGGAUUAAGAUAAACGAAUCCUUCUUCAACCACCACGUCUACUGCCAGGAAAUCACCCCGACCGCGACGAACGCGACCACGAACACCACCUGGCAUGUCGUCAGCAUGUAUGCCCCUGCCGCUGUCCCCGCCAGUGUAGUAUUCCCCUUAUGUUGUCUCGUCGAUCGCGACGCCGACUGAUUCGUUGUUGUCUGAACGAAAUGGUGUUCAGCGAAAUCAAGGCGGCUGAUCUGGCUGGAGUGCUGCCGGAGGAGUUCGGCAAGCUCAGUUACCUAUCCUUUCUGUACGUUCCCGUACCUAAAGUCUUGUGUUUCCCCAUUCUUUCUUUUAAACUUUGGCGAACCUAACAUCUCCGCGCUCCAUACCUGCCGGAACUUUUCGUAUCCUCUGGACUGGCGGAACUGAGCAGUGACCUCUCUCGGAACUACAUCAGCGGCUCCAUACCUGCCGCAAAUUGGACUUCUCUUCCUCUGAAAAACAUGUAAAUCACCACCAUUCCGAUCCCUACAUCCCCGUCAAUGCAAAUUCGAUUUCUCUAUUCUGUGGUUUAGAUGGUGGUGUACCUAACCAAGGGCUUUGUUGUGUACCACUGCAGAAACGUCCUGGCAAACCGUAUCUCGGGUACGAUUCCUGAGGAGAUUGGGAACAUUAAAACGCUUGAAUCACUGUAAUGCCUCCAUAUCCUGUUGGAAAAAAGACAUUUUCCCAACAAACCGGCAUUGUUUAUUAAAAACAGUUGACAAUCGACAAGUUUUAUUUCUAAUUAAGCCUUUCUUUGAAGUUUCCUGGAGAGCAAUAUGAUGCAAGGGCCUCUUCCUCGUAGCCUUGGAAGUUUGUCCAACUUAAAAAGACUGUAAGACUCUAGUCCAUGCUACGUUGUUCUUCGGUGAUUAAUUGUCGUCCUUUACGUCAAUCAAAGAAAUCAGAGGAAAAUGUUUGUCCAAAUUAUGUGACUAGUUAAAGAAAAUGACGGUGCAUCAAAUAAUUUCAGCCUUCUUUCUUGCAACAACUUUUCCGGUGAGCUUCCAGAAACACUGGGUAACCUGAAGAACUUGACAGACAUGUACGGUUCCUACGCUGAUAUUUGUAAGAAUCUUUGAUGAGAUUAAUAAUUCGCUUAGUAUGAAUAAUCGGUGCCGGAUAAUGUUUUCAGUCGGCUGGAUGGAACCGAGAUAUCUGGGAAGAUACCAAGCUUCAUAGGAAACUGGACGCAACUACAAAGACUGUAAGCUCAGCUGUUGUUAUUUAUCUUUUCCCACCCUAUCAAUAUGAAAAUGAUGCUUUUACUGCAUGGAAUUCUCAUGAGAUGUACGUUUUCUAAGGUUGCAGCGACAUGCAAGGAACAUCCUUGGAGGGUCCCUUUCCACCCGAGUUCUCAUCAUUCCAGGCCAUAAUGGAGUUGUAAGUCUGGCUUUACUCUGUUUCCGUAUUUUAGGCUGUUGUCUUUGUUAGGACACUACUGAUAAUAGUUAUGUUGGCUUUCCUUUUUAGGAGAGUCUCUGACCUGAAAAAUACGGGCGGUAGCUUCCCUCCCCUUGAGAAACUGAUAAGUUUAAAAGAAUUGUAAGACUGCGAAUGACAUUUAUUCACCCGCAUGAAUAUAUUUUUGACAAUUUGUUGAUACAUUUUUCUAUGUAAACACUAUCAGGGUCCUCCGAAAUUGCUCAAUAUCUGGCAGCAUCCCGGGUUACAUUGGCUUAUUUACUCAACUGCAAAUCCUGUAAGUUCCUUAUGCACGAAUGUUUUCGUAAUCUGUUGUUGAAGCGGUAAUGAUGUUUGAAUUUGACACGUUUUUGAGACGUUUUAGGCUAAAAGUCAGUUUCUAUGAUGCCUUCAACAGGCGGAGGCAUGUUGCAUCUUUGUAUUAGUUUAGACCAUCUGCAUGUGAUCGGUAUGGUUAUGUCAGAGUUUUGCAGGGUCUAGGGGAGCUGCCCCAGAUACCUCUGGACAACAUCGUAUGGUGUAAACUCUUAAUUUGACGUCAUUCAUGAGCCUGCGUUUUAGUAUGAUCUUCUUUUUCGGGUCUUUUUAUUUCCCAAACGAAGCAUAUCAAUCGAGACAGGUUCAGAUAUUUGAUUCAGGUCUCCUUGUCUGAUGAUAGUACGUAUAUGGCCAUUGAUGUUCGCAGUUCCAGUUGGUGUUCCCGGAGGUCUUCAAUUUCCCUCUGUACCACAGAGGGAAAGAAACUGUAGCCGAGAACUCUAGACAUAUCCUAUACCAGCAAAUAGGUGGGAGCCACUGGCUACUAAAGAUAUAGGAAAUUGUUUCAUAUCGCACUCACUCUGGGGAGUAAUUACGUUAAUAAAUGAGAAUGUGGUGGUUAAUGCAUAGUGAUAUCGACCUUGGGAGUAUUCCAUGCUAUGUACUCUGAAUAGAUCCUUAAAAGGUACAACUUUACAUAAAAGUUGAAAAUUUGUUGACGUCAUCUUACUUUACAUGUUUGCUCCGGCACCAAUGAUGUUCCUGCAGCCUUUUUUCUCGCUCUCGUAAUUGCUAGAUUAUCAUCAAUAUGGGUUUUAUCAUUUGGAUCUUAAAAGGAGGACUCGUACUUUGAUAGUCAUAUUUGCUGGUCAUAGGGAGAACAAUUAUUUGUCUCCGCUUUUGCACAUUUUUUGAUGGACUUGUGCUGCAGAGAUCUGAGCUUUAAUAAUUUGACGGGUGAAAUACCAAAAAGCUUUGAGAAUCUUGGACGCUUAACCACUAUGUAAGUGCCUGCAGAUUCGAUUCAGUCAAUGAUUCAGCUUAAUAUGCUGGUGGGAAAGUCAGAAGAUUUAUACCGUUUCUGUUGAAGGAACGUUUUCACGAUAAUUUUAUUGUAUUCUGCACUUUGUUUGAUUUGCAUAAUCAGGUAUCUUACAAGCAACAAACUUACUGGAUCAAUACCCGAAUGGAUUAAGAGCACCAGGAAGAAUAUGUACGUUUGUCUUCCAGGCAAUAUUUUGCAUUUUAUGUCCCAGUGAAUUUUUUGUUGUGUAUGAAUCAUCAUCAUAACACAACGUUUAAAUGUCAGGGAUAUUUCUUACAAUACAUUCACCGAUCUUUCAUCUGCACCACCUAACUGUGAGCAAGAAUCACGGUAAGCAUGCUUUUUGUCUGUCGCACCUGUUGCUUUUAAUUAUUGUGUCUGGAAUUAAACUAUGUUUACCUAACUUGCAGGAACUACGUUGCCAGCUUUUCAUCGACCACAAGUGAUUCGUAGGUUUCUGACAUUGUUGAAGUCUAUAUUAUACUAUGGGUAUCUCAAAAGUGUCUAAAUGAUUCACUCUCUCUGUUCAACCUUUGCAGGAUAGCGUCGUGUUUAAAAAAGGACCUCCCCUGUGAUGGCACACCUAAAAGUGGGUAUAAAUCUCCUUUCUACGAGACAGCUUCUGUACCUUUUCAGUUUGAUUUUUUUUCUUUUGCAUGGUUGGAGGAGAACAACCCUAUGAUUUGAAACUCUGACAUACGAACAUGACGUUCUCUUGAUUAAUUUUUUAUUUGGCUUUUCGGAAUUUCUGCAGACUAUAACCUUUUCAUAAAUUGUGGAGGUGAAAGUGUGAUUGUUGAUGGCAAUGAGUAUGAACGUGACACAUCAUUGGAAGGCAAAUCCAAGUAUUUUCUUUCUAGCAGUCGAAAGUGGGCUUACAGCAGUACAGGAUACUUUAUUUGGGCACCAGACGCACCAUUUGUAGAAGAAAAUGCAUCAUUAUUCACAAUGCCCAAUACAGAAUUGUACAAAACCGCUCGUUUGAAUCCUCUUUCUCUCAAAUACUAUGGUCUGUGCUUGCAGCCCGGAAAUUAUACAGUCAAACUGCACUUUGCUGAAAUAGUAUUCACUCCUCCCCCAACAUUUGGCAGUCUUGGAAGGCGUGUGUUUGAUGUAUCCAUCCAGGUGAUUUGGAUUCUUUGGACUAACAAUCCUUAUGAAUGCACAUAGUUUUUUACUAUUCCUCUUUUCGAUCACUUUAAGACGAUCAUUCCUAAUUAUUUCGUCCCACAAUAUCAUUCUCUAGCGUGGUUUGGUGUCACAUAUGCUGAUUCUUAUCCGAGCUUCGUUCAUACAUACGGUUGUCAUUGAAGACCUCUUCGUAGCUUGGAUACAUGACAUCAUUUCUUGAAAACGAGAAAUCAUCUUUCUAACACUUCAAAAAUUAAUUCAUUGGUAUUCAGUUAUUCCCUUUUCCGGUUCAUGUGUCUUUUUUUUAGCACUUUUGCAUUCUUGUAUGUUGAUCCAGCUGACAAAACUCUCACCAUUGAACCAGGGGAAACAGGUGUUAAGAGACUUUAACAUCGUAGCAGCGGCCAAUGGAACUGGUAAGGGAGUUAUUAGGAAUUUUACUGCCCUUGUCGAGGUUGGCACAUUGGAGAUCCAUUUCGUGUGGUCUGGCAAAGGGACUAAUUCAAUUCCGGAUAGAAGUUUAUAUGGGCCACUCAUAUCAGCGAUUUCAGUAACUCCAAGUAUGUAUAUGGAGAUAAUUCAGCGUCCCUUAUUAGCUACAUGAUUAUUUGAUUUUUUCCUUUUAUUUUCAUUGUAGAUUUCACACCUCGUGUGUUUAA